CGAAAAGUGAUCUUUUGAGGCAAUUGGCAAGAAUAUAGUCUGCCGUAGAUCGUCGGACCGUUCAGUCUGUUUGUUCCGAGCAUUGCUUUUCGAGUAGUGUGGUCGUUCGCACACCUUUUUUAAAUUCCUUAAAGUAACUAAAAAAACACAAAUUCAACAUGGCUGAUGACGAGAAAAAAGCAGCAGCUCCAGCUGCGGCACCGGCAAAAGCACCGGCAGUAGCACAAGCACCGGCAGCAGCACCAGUACCGGCAGCAGCACCAGCGGCGGCAGCACCUGCAACCCCAAAUGGUAAACCAGCUGCAAACGGUAAGCUUGCAGCAAAUGGCAAGGCAGCUACACCUGCUGAAGAGGCAAAGAAGGCUAAACAAGCUGAAAUUGAACGCAAGCGUGCUGAAGUACGCAAGCGUAUGGAAGAAGCUUCGAAAGCCAAAAAAGCCAAGAAAGGUUUCAUGACACCAGAAAGGAAGAAGAAACUUAGGUUGUUGCUUCGCAAAAAAGCCGCUGAAGAAUUGAAGAAAGAACAAGAACGCAAAGCCGCUGAACGUAGACGUAUCAUAGAAGAACGUUGCGGUAGUCCCAGGAAUCUCAGUGACGCUAGCGAAG